AUUUCGCGCAGAGACGAGCACACGCUCUCACUGUUCUUGUACUUCACACGCUCGCAGCUCAUUAUUGCUCUUCCCAUAACGAAAACAAACAAAAAACACGUCGACCACCAGCCGCCCCUUUGCUUGUGUCGUGUUGGAAGCAAGCGCAUGGCCCGGUGCCUGGGUCGACAAGCGAAGAAAACACGGCAACUUUCUCACGCCUGUGCGCUGUGUUCACCAUGAUCAACAGCGCAGUUGUGACGCUAACAGCACUUUUAGCAGCACAAUGGGUGCUCGCCGACUCCGAUCUCCAGAAAUUGCUCAUUACUGUUGCAAAGCACGAUCGAGUAAUUGUGAUAUUCACCCAAGAAUGCUGUACCUGCGCGGAGUGCGUCGAAGUGGAACAGAUUCUAAACGCAAAACAGGAGGAGCUGAGCGAUUACUACGGAGUCGGUGUGGUGAAAGUGGUUAGCAAGCCGAUGGUUGAAGAACAUUACGGGAUCACGUCACGGCCGGCGAUCCUCUUCUUUCGGCAGUCGGUUCCGGCUCUCUUCGAAGGUCAUCACGAUCCUGACAGCAUAAUGGAAUGGAUUGGCCAGAGCUUGGACCCGGCAGUUAAAGCCUUGGAUGACGAAUCAUUCGAACAUCUUACGCAAGCUGCGACAGGGGCAACUACGGGCAACUGGCUUGUGGUGUUCCACACGGAUAAAUGUGUGAAACCAGAUGCGGCAACAGGCGUGCUGGAGGGCCUGUCGUCCAGGGUUAAAGGGACCACAAAUGUUGCCAAAGUCGAUAUUGAUCGUUCUCCAGGCUUGGCAGAAAGGUUUGCAAUCAAGGAGUGCCCCACGGUCUUUUUCUUCCGACUGGGCAAAAUGUACAAGUACAACCUCAAGAAGCUGGAAAUUAAAUCUCUGAGGAAUUUUGUGGACGGCCUGUACAAAAACAUGAAGGCCCAUCCAGUGCCAGUGCCCCAAACUCCAUUUGACAAGAUGGUUGAAAGAAUUGCAGACUUCUUGAAGGAACACAGAAGAACUGUGAUGCUGGGUAUUGUGGCAUUGUUCUCUGUCACAUACACAAUAUACAAGGUUUUCUUAUUUCAAAACACUCUGAAAGUUGUGAAGAAGAAAGAGUGAUCUUUGAACCUGCCCCUCGUGCCUUAGCAGUGGUUGUUAGAAUAAACAAUUUUUUACAUAGUUGUCCAAA